GAAAAGUGGAAAACUGAGUUGAAGUCCGUCUUGAACAGGAGGAAAGAAGGAUUUUUUUCUCCUUGACGAAUUUUGUCUGGUUCCGUGAUGGCGGGAGCAUCGAGUUCUUGGUCUCGGGCAUUGAUGCAGAUCUCGCCUUACACCUUCGCCGCCGUUGGAAUCGCGAUUGCCAUCGGUGUUUCUGUGCUGGGUGCUGCCUGGGGAAUUUAUAUUACGGGAAGUAGUUUGAUUGGUGCUGCAAUCAAAGCUCCGCGUAUUACUUCGAAGAAUCUCAUUAGUGUAAUCUUCUGUGAGGCUGUUGCUAUAUAUGGUGUUAUUGUGGCAAUCAUCUUACAAACAAAGCUAGAGAGUGUGCCAUCAUCCAUGAUGUAUGAACCAGACGCACUUCGGGCUGGAUAUGCAAUCUUUGCCUCUGGUAUCAUUGUUGGUUUUGCAAACCUAGUGUGCGGAAUCUGCGUAGGAAUAAUUGGUAGCAGCUGUGCAUUGUCUGAUGCCCAAAACUCCUCACUUUUUGUUAAGAUUCUGGUAAUUGAGAUCUUCGGUAGUGCACUUGGGUUGUUUGGAGUGAUUGUAGGAAUAAUCAUGUCGGGUCAAAUUACGUGGCCAACAAAAACUGCUUGAGUGGCCAAUUGUGUUACAAAGAUGGUGCUUACAGAACACGAUUGCUUUUAUUUGUAUCCUGUUGGACUGUGCUGUACCAUGUGCUUGUGGUUGUUCUGUCUUUGAAACAGUAAAUAUACCAGACGGACCUCAGGGAAUUAUCAUUUAUUCUUUUGCAACUGAUUCGAAAUUCAUUUCACUUUAUUUAAGCUUUCUGAAUUCUGGAUUCUCCAGAGAUUGUGUUGAUUUCAAGUACCCAGCUACCCUUGACAUCUUUAUCUAUUGCAACCAACUGCCAUCGUUGUUCUAGUUUUGCUUACGGGUUUUGUGUCAUGCACAAUGUUAAAUUUGGCUUCUCAGUGGAUUGAAAAGCUUCCC